AUGCCGCAGGAUCUGUCGGCCUUCUUUGUGCCUUUUCCCCGGGCUUUUGCUGUAGCUGCUGUUAUACGGGUCCUGGACUGUGGACUGUGUGCUCUUUUGUAUUCCAGUUCGGAUACUCCUCCCAAUCAGAGGCGAAAUAUCCACGCGGGAGAAAGUGACUUGUUCAUCCCCCCAGCCUCCCUUGCCCCAAAGUUGUCUCCUGAAAGGUCGAGUCGGUCUGGUGCGCUUCAGGGGCGGGUUCAGCAAUUAGCCUUCCUGGCCAAGACUGGAAUCCAAGAGCCGUGGUCUAUCCGGGCUCUCCCGGCAGCAUCCCAGCGCGCGGGUCUCAGGAGGCAGAAUCGCGUGAACUUGAGCGCGGCGUGGGCCGGGAGCCUCGGGAUGCAGGCGCUUCAGUCACUUAUUAUUGAUGCAUUCCAUGGUAAAGGAUUUCAGAAAAUAAAAGAAUAUUUUCAACAGAGAGGGAGCCACAUUCCUCAAAAAUAUAAUCAUCUUGAAUUAUACCAUCUUGACAAAUCUAUAAAUAAGGAACUGGAUAAAAAUGAAUUUCAGUAUGUUUCACUGUUGCUGAAAUGCAUUCAGCGGUUCUUCAUUGAUGGCCUCAAAGAAGAUGAGCCUUUGCUAAUUCAGCAGGGACUGAUCCCAAAGAUGGCUACCUGGUUUGAAAGAACAGUAGAAUUUCUGACCAUGGAAGAUCUUGCUUCAGACACAUCCCUGACUAAUGUCACGGAAGACUUCUUUGACACAGUGCUGAUUAUUUCCAGGAGGAGUAGUAAAGGGAAAAUUCAGAUGUUGUAUUCCUUCAUGUUUACCUUAGGAUUUCUGGUGACAGAAAAGACAGUCAAUCAUUUGAUUCAACAAGAGGCUUUGAUGACUUUGAACAGCAUUUUGCAUGCUGUACCUUGGGAAGAGAGAAAACUCCCCUCAUCAGAAGACCGGUGUCAUCUCAUGAAAGAUUUUGCAAGAACAAUCUUGACUGUGGGUGAUUAUGGCCAGCAGGUUGCUCUUUCUGAAGCAUUGUGUAGACUGACAACUAAACAAUCAAGGGAUGACCUUGUCCAUCAGUGGUUUGAGGAUGACGUCAUUGCUGAAGCUUUCAAAAAAAUUAAGGAUCACGAAUUUGAAACGGACAGUAGGCUGUUUCUCAAUUACCUAAACAACAGACUUGGUGACCAAAGAAGGGUCUAUUCAUUCCCAUGUAUUGCCGCUUUUGCUGAUUGGCAUGAGAUGAGAAAACCAGCAGAUGAAAAAUUAGAGAAAUUUUGGAUUGAUUUCAACCUAGGAAGUCAGAGUGUAACUUUUUAUAUAGAUAGUACAGAGAGUGCUCUGUGGGACUCAGUAAGACUUUUGAAGGAAGCAGUGAUUAAUUUCAGCAUAAUAGAAACUGAAAAGAAAAAGAUGUUCAUCAUUUACUUGAAGCCUAUUAAUAUUGGAAACAAGGAAGUGAGGAAAGUAGAAAUUCAUUUUGAUUUGCAAUUCAACAUAUCACAAGCUUCCGUUAAAGCUUUAGGAGAAGACAAACAGGUGGCAGGGUUGCCUCCAGGCUGGGCCCUGGGGAAGCAAACAAAGAUAGCUGAUAGUUCACCUGAAAAAUUGAAACUGGGUGAUAUACAACAAGAAGUUCCUUCAAAACAUGAGUAUUCUUCAGAUAUACAAGAGCAAUCAGGAAAAAUCCUGGUUCCUAAAUUAAAAGAUAAAUCCAGGAAAGAAUCUACUUUCAAGGGUGCCAGAAAGCAAGAAAGAAGGAUGUCGAAGUUCAAUUACAGGAGACACCUCUUCUCGGAGGGUAAUCAAGAUUCAAGUUCUAGUGCUACUGUACUAUCUUGGGACAUUAACCAAGACAGGAAAUCCCUAAAACCAUAUCCUGGUAGAAGAAAGACAAGAACCAGAAGUAGCUUAAACAUCUUGCCGCUUUUCCCUCCCAGUCCUGCCAGUGACCGUUAUAAAGACCAAGCUAAACUUUUAACACCAUUAUGGAAAGGUGCCUCCAGGCAAAAUGACGACACACAUCCAAAAAUUUCUGAAACAAAAUUUCAGGGUAGUUCUGCCCAUUUAAUUCCUGAAACCUCUGCCCAGAAAACAGAACUUGAGAGCCCCCACCCACCGAGCAGUGUCUCUUCACUGGAGCACUCAGAAGAACAGAAUGUAUCUAAGACUGUAAAUGAAGACUCAUUGAUGAAAAGUGCAAACCUCAAACAUAAACUGGAAAACCUGGAAGACAGAGACAUGUCGGAUGGUAGUUUUGCUAAGUGGAAACAGUCGAAAGUGGAAGAGGAUGAUGCUCCAGAAUCACUUUCCUCCGUGACAGAAGAAGCAGACGUGGCAGAAAACAUUUCUACUCCACCCCUGGCCGUUGUGCCGGAGAACUUGAAUAGCUCUGCUGUUAUCACAACCUUUGAGAACUUCACUAGAGAACUGGAAAGAAAAUGUGAGCUUAGGUACAGAAGGAGUGCACUUUAUUCAGAAUAUGCAAAGCAAGCACCGAGCUGCCUAAUAAAACUUUUAAACCAGAUACAUCACUGUAGGCUGAAUAAACUAGAACAGUUUAACAAUAUUGUUCUUCGAGAGCUGACCAGCCUUGAGAAGGAUAUGCAAGCUCUGAAACACCUUGAGAAGGAUGUUCUGGAGUUUUGGGGGAAACAGGCCGCUGAUCUGAAAUCAUUCUGCGAUCUGCAAAUGCUGAGGACAUUUUUGGACCCUCAUUAUGGAGAUCCCAAAUUCAGCCAAGGGGCAAAGGCUUGAUGAGUCCAGACUGGAGAAAGUUGGAGUGUGAGCACAUGACUCAGGAAGUAGCUAAUCCAUGUGGCCAGUGGAAAGCCGAUGGCAGCCCUGGCAACUCAGACAGUCUGUUAGGACUCAAUGAGGAUGAUCCCGGCAGCCCUGCUGAACUAGAAGCAGAAUUGUUCAUAAGUUCCAACAGCACUGAAAGGCUGAAUCACUGAGGAAAAUUAUGUCCUUUCUGAGGUGAUACGGAGAUGCAGAAGGUCAUGACUGCUGACGUGGCCAGCCUGCAAUGGUUUGCUGUGCUCUGUGAGAUGACAAGUUGCAAAGAAGUGUAUCCAGUUCUUGUUCAUACCACCCAAUUAAGUGUGAUGAUGUAUAAGGCUCUGAGAAGGUCUCUAAAGACAGUUGUGCUGACUACACCACAGGAUACCAGG